CCUUUCUUAAUCUUCAACAAUCUCUCACAUUUUUUUAUUCACUACCAAUCUUACAAAGCAACCUUCAAAACUAAGUAUCCCAGAGACAGAGAUAUUAUCUUCAGAAUCUUUUUAACUUAAUGGCGCUCGAGGCUCUUACUUCACCAAGAUUAGCUUCUCCGAUUCCUCCACUCUUCGAAGACUCUUCAGUCUUCCAUGGAGUUGAGCACUGGACCAAGGGUAAGCGAUCUAAGAGAUCAAGAUCCGAUUUCCACCACCAGAACCUCACUGAGGAAGAGUAUCUAGCUUUCUGCCUCAUGCUUCUCGCUCGUGACGGAGAUCGCAAACAUCAUCAACCACCUCCUCCUCUUCUUCCGGCGGCGGCUGUGACGGCUGAUAAGACGAUGGAGAAGUUGAGCUACAAGUGUACCGUCUGCGACAAGACUUUCUCGUCUUACCAAGCUCUCGGUGGUCACAAGGCGAGCCACAGAAAGAACUUAUCACAAACUCACUCCGGCGGCGGAGGAGGAGAUGACCAGUCAACGUCGUCGGCAACAACCACAUCCGCCGUGACUACAGGAAGUGGGAAAUCACACGUUUGCUCGAUCUGUAACAAGUCUUUUCCUUCCGGUCAAGCUCUCGGCGGACACAAGCGGUGCCACUACGAAGGAAACAACAACAACAGCACCAACAACAACAGUAGUAGCGUGUCCAAUUCUGAAGGUGCAGGGUCUACCAGCCACGUCAGCAGCAGCCACCGUGGGUUUGACCUCAACAUCCCUCCGAUACCGGAGUUCUCGACUGUCAACGGAGACGACGAAGUGAUGAGCCCUAUGCCGGCCAAGAAGCCUCGGUUUGACUUCCCGGUCAAACUUCAGCUUUGAGGAGGAAAAUUAUAUAAAAACUUAGACGAUAAGAUUUGUUCGUUUGUUACAUACACUGUUGAGAGAGUUGUGUAGGAAUUUGUUGACUGUACAUACCAAUUUGGACUUUGACCGAUUCCAAUUCUUGUCCUUCUUUCAUUCAACUUGAUUCUUUUACCACAUAUUAUUCCAUUAAUCGAUUACGCGUUGAGUUUUAUUUGAA